AUGCAAUCAGCGCUUAAGCCGGUUAUUGGCCCUAGAAAAGAGACCCGUGACCUCACGGGCCGUGUUGCUAUUGUAUUAGGUGGCGCAUUGGGUAUUGGCUACGAAAUAUCUCGGGCAUUUGUGUUGAAUGGCGCUCGUGUGAUCAUGGUUAAUCGAAAGGAGGACCAAGGUGAUGAAGCAAUCAAGGCAAUUAAAAAAGAAGUCGGCGAUGAUGCAAAUAUUGAAUGGAUUCCAUGCGACAUGGGAGAUUUGAAGCAGACAAAGGACACUUUCGCAAAGCUACGGUCUGAGGAAAAGCGACUUGAUUUGCUGGUGCUAUCCGCUGGUAUCAAUGCGAACCAGUACGGCGAGACGAAUGACCGAAUCGACCGCCAUUUCCAAGUAAACUGGCUGGGCCAAUUUUAUGUCUGCAACCUGCUUUACCCACUGUUGCACAAAACGUCCAAGUUCCCCGACACACCUGCCCCCCGAAUUGUAUUCGAAUCAUCAGAGCAGCAUCGCGCCGCACCGAAAGAAGUUCACUUUGCUUCACUUGAUGAAAUUAAUAACGACAAACUGAGUCCUACUGAGCUUUACGGCAGGUCCAAACUUGCAAUCAUCCUAGGAGUAAAGUACGGUCUCGUAGAGCGCGUUAUUAAACCAAACAAGGACAACAUUUACGCGCUCUCUGUGCAUCCAGGUGCUGUCAAUACCGCCAUGCAGCAGCAAUGGAAGGAGGCCUACCCAGGUUUGACGGGAAAGCUUAUCACAACAGCUAUGCUUGCGGUGGGGCGUGAUGUUGAACAAGGCUCAUUCAGCGCGUUGUAUGCCGCAACGAGCCCAGAUAUUGAAAAUAAAGGAUGGAAUGGAUACUACCUGACGGACCCUGGUCAAAAGGGCAAGGAAUCUGUUCAAGCUUCUGAUCCCGUUCUGGGAGCCGCCCUUUGGGAUUUAAGCCAACGAAUCAUCAAGGAGAAGGUUGGCGACGACGCCGUCGCAGACUGGAGCGCAAGUGUUUAG